UUUAUUUUUAUUUUUUAAAUUUUUUUAUGGUGGGGGGGGGGUCUCACGAUAUUGCCUAGGAUGGUCUUGAACUCCUGAGCUCGAGCAAUCCUCCCACCUCGGCCUCCCAAAGUGCUGGGAUUACAGGCAUGAGCCACUGAGCUCAGUUGCUUGGGGGCCAUUUUAAACAGCAAAAUCACCAACAAAAAGCACAGAAGUGUGGAAAGCAUAAACUAAAUGGACAGCAAAAAGAAUACAAGAAGGCAGAGAGCAUCGCCUUGUUCCACUAUAGCUGGGAGGGUGUGCGUGGGGCAACUCAAGAUUUUUACUGCUCUGGGAUGUGCAUAUCUAUGAGUGACUGGGAAAACACCUCAAGUAUUGAUUUUGGGAUUACAAAUACAUUUUAGCAAGUAGAUAAGUUCACAAAUAUGAUAUCUGCAAAAAUGAGGAUACACUGUACAUAACGUAUUUACAAUACUGCCUUCUCUUGCCCCGCCCAUCGUAUUCCUUCCUUUCUUCAAAGGCCCACCUAUCCUGUCAAGGAGCCUUAAUUGAUUUGCACCCUGCCUCUGAUCACUGCCUUCUGUGCUCAAUUUAGAGAAAACUGGUGAGAUAAAUCAGUCAUCAAUCAAUUAACCAAUCAAUCAAUACUAAUGAACUAUUUUAAAGCACCCAACAUAAUUUCUGGGAGGUAGAGUGGGGAAUAGAUAAAUAUAAAAGGCAGUGCCUUCCCAAAAGGAGUUUACCAGUAGUUGAGGAGACAAGCCUAACAUGGGCAAACAAUGCUAAAAAUUACCUAGGUCUAGUUUAAAAUAAAAUGUUGCACACCAUACAUGCUACAGAUGCUUUAAAAAGUUGCCUAUCAAUAGGAGCUUUAAAUAAAACUUUCCUGAGAAAUAGAACUUUCAUGGGACAUUAAGAAGGAAAGACAGAUAUGGAGAAUGAUUGAAUGAAGUAUUCAGCAAGUAUAAAUGCAGCCUAAGAAGUGGAAAUUAGCAUCGUAUCGUUUUUUUCCAAAUAAGAAUGAAGAGAUGAACUUAGUGAGGACGAUUUUGUGAGGAGUUAGGGAGUUGGGGAGCUGGGUGCAAGCUCAGGUCAGCCUGAUGAUGCUUUGUUCCUUACCCCGAGAGACAUUUUACCAAAAACACUGACAGACAUUCCUGAUAGAUUAACCAAUACCAAACGUUUUUGAAUCCUAUUCUUAUUUGCCACACACGUUUAGUCAGGAUCUCAAGGAUUCAUCAGUAGCAGCAGAUACUUUAAUGUAGGGUUAAUAUAUUUGAGAGGUCAUUCUUAAGAAAAGUCUAGGCAAUAGGCCCUCAGGUAGUGAAUUAUUCCGUAGGAUUCAUUGUUUUUUGUUUCAUUUUGUUUUGUUUUGUUUUCAUUUUUCUAUUUUUCUCCAUAGGAUUCUUGAUAGGUUUCAAUCACACACCUUCCCAUGGGUAUUUCCAUGGGUAACCCACCCCUUCUCUUCAGCAGUAAACUAACAACUACAUACCAGUGAACAUCACAGGUAUAAACCACCUUUCUUCUUUUAAGGAAUUAGUAUGCAAACUUUAGUACUCUUUUCCUAGUAACAAAUAACUGCUGUAUCAGAUUGUGUCACAAGGCAGCUGCUUUGACUUAUUGCUCUGUAGCUGGGGCCAGCCUCUUCAGAACAUUGUUAAUGAGAGAAAGGAAGUGCUUUGGGCAGUGUCUGGCCCAUCAGGCCCUCUGUAAAUGUUUGCUAUUAAUGCAAUGCUGAGAUCCCAGUGAACAGAAUCUGGCUUAGAAGAAGUGGGUAUCCACGGUGCCCGAGCCUAAUCUUACAUCUUGGAUUUGUAAGUGGCAUUUAUUGAGUUGAACAUGAGCUUGAGCACGCGGUCACACAUUCUUUCAGCAAACACUGGUUAGGCACCAGCUGCUACGUGCAAGCACUGCCCUACAUGUUGGGACGCAGCUGUAGUAGGAAUGAAAUAACGCCAGCAUUCCUGCAUGCGGGCAGUGCGGGCCCUGUACAGAAAGGUACACGAGAUAGGCAUCCUCACAUCCAUUGUCCUGGGAGGAAACUGAGGCUUUGAGAAACGGAGAACUUGCCGGGCCAUUUGACUCUACGUCAUCCCCUCCCCCAUCAAUGCCCUGAACAGCCUCCUGUACACCCUUAAGGAACUUACUUUGUAAUGAUUAUUAAGAACUCAACGAGACCCCGAGCAUCACCUCGGCACAUCGCAUCCUUUCUCUAGAGAACCCCUAAUGUUGGAAGGGAUCAGAGCGCACCUCCUCCGCUCCUGGGAGCACCCCCUUCCUAAUAAUACCUUGGGGAUGGGUCGGAAGGAAAGGAAAGGAGACGCGAGAGGUGUAGUCGAUGUGCCUGCGAAGCCCAGGCUCCUCCGGAGAUCCUUCCGUCCGUCCCUACAGGAGAAGGCUGGCCCGGGCUGCUCCACUCCCCGGAGCUGCAGACUGAGUCGCCAGGUUUCUGUGCCUUCAAAGCCCUGCGCGACGGCCACACCAAACACCCAAAUCUUGGGCAGGGACCAAACGGUCACUUCCCCGCCCUCCGGGCUCAAUAUGCAAAUCCGAGCACCAGGAAGUAGCUGGGACCUCUCGGCCGAGCCCAGAGACAGCCAGUUCCUCUCCCGCCGCGCCGGGCCGCGCUGCCGCUCGCUCCCCGGCCGUGGCGCCUCCGGGCCAGACGCGCUGCAGCCUCCAGCCCGCGGCAAGCGGGGCGGCCGCGCCACCCCCGGCCCCGCGCCAGCAGCCCCUCGCCGCGCUUCCAGCGUUCCCGGCCAGCAGCCUCCCCAUACGCAGGUCCUGCUGGGCCGCCCCGUCGCGUCCCCCGCUCUGAACUCAAGUCACCGUGGAGCUCCGCCGCCCCGAAACUUUUACUGCGAGCGGGUUCCAGAAUCUCAGCUUUUACCUGGACAGAGGUUUCAAACUAAAGAUCCAGAGGAACAAGGAGACAUUGUGGUAGCCUUGUACCCCUAUGAUGGCAUCCACCCGGACGACUUGUCUUUCAAGAAAGGAGAGAAGAUGAAAGUCCUGGAGGAGCAUGGAGAAUGGUGGAAAGCAAAGUCCCUUUUAACAAAAAAAGAAGGCUUCAUCCCCAGCAACUAUGUGGCCAAACUCAACACCUUAGAAACAGAAGAGUGGUUUUUCAAGGAUAUAACCAGGAAGGACGCAGAAAGGCAGCUUUUGGCACCAGGAAAUAGCGCUGGAGCUUUCCUUAUUAGAGAAAGUGAAACAUUAAAAGGAAGCUUCUCUCUGUCUGUCAGAGACUUUGACCCUGUGCAUGGUGAUGUUAUUAAGCACUACAAAAUUAGAAGUCUGGAUAAUGGGGGCUAUUACAUCUCUCCACGAAUCACUUUUCCCUGUAUCAGCGACAUGAUUAAACAUUACCAAAAGCAGGCAGAUGGCUUGUGCAGAAGAUUGGAGAAGGCUUGUAUUAGUCCCAAGCCACAGAAGCCAUGGGAUAAAGAUGCCUGGGAGAUCCCCCGGGAGUCCAUCAAGUUGGUGAAAAGGCUUGGCGCUGGGCAGUUUGGGGAAGUCUGGAUGGGUUACUAUAACAACAGUACCAAGGUGGCUGUGAAAACCCUGAAGCCAGGAACUAUGUCUGUGCAAGCCUUCCUGGAAGAAGCCAACCUCAUGAAGACCCUGCAGCAUGACAAGCUCGUGAGGCUCUAUGCUGUGGUCACCAGGGAGGAGCCCAUUUACAUCAUCACCGAGUACAUGGCCAAGGGCAGUUUGUUGGAUUUCCUGAAAAGCGAUGAAGGUGGCAAAGUGCUGCUUCCAAAGCUCAUUGACUUUUCUGCUCAGAUUGCAGAGGGAAUGGCAUACAUCGAGCGGAAGAACUACAUUCACCGGGACCUGCGAGCAGCUAAUGUUCUGGUCUCCGAGUCACUCAUGUGCAAAAUUGCAGAUUUUGGCCUUGCUAGAGUAAUUGAAGAUAAUGAGUACACAGCAAGGGAAGGUGCUAAGUUCCCUAUUAAGUGGACGGCUCCAGAAGCAAUCAACUUUGGAUGUUUCACUAUUAAGUCUGAUGUGUGGUCCUUUGGAAUCCUCCUAUACGAAAUCGUCACCUAUGGGAAAAUUCCCUACCCAGGGAGAACUAAUGCCGACGUGAUGACCGCCCUUUCCCAGGGCUACAGGAUGCCCCGUGUGGAGAACUGCCCAGAUGAGCUCUAUGACAUUAUGAAAAUGUGCUGGAAAGAAAAGGCAGAAGAGAGACCAACGUUUGAUUACUUACAGAGCGUCCUGGAUGAUUUCUACACAGCCACGGAAGGGCAAUACCAGCAGCAGCCUUAGAGCACAGGGAGACCCGUCCAUUUGGCAGGGGUGGCUGCCUCAUUUAGAGAGGAAAAGUAACCAUCACUGGUUGCACUUAUGAUUUCAUGUGCGGGGAUCAUCUGCCGUGCCUGGAUCCUGAAAUAGAGGCUAAAUUACUCAGGAAGAACACCCUCUAAAUGGGAAAGUAUUCUGUACUCUUAGACGGAUGAUCCACUCAGUUGCAACUCGGACUUGUCCUCAGCAGCUGGUAAUCUUGCUCUGCUUGACAACAUCUGAGUGCAGCCAUUUGAGAAGAAAACAUCUAUUCUCUCCAAAAAUGCACCCAACUAGCUCUAUGUUUACAAUUGGACAUAGGACUCAAAGUUUCAGAGACCAUUGCAAUGAAUCCCCAAUAAUUGCAGAACUAAACUCAUUUAUAAAGCUAAAAUAACCGGAUACAUAGCAUGACAUUUCUUUGUAUUUUCUCUAUGCUUUGGCUUACUUAUUUAAAAAAAAAAAAAAAAAACUAAUCCAACCUGUUAGAUUUUGCAGGUGAAGUCAGCAGCUUAAAAAUGUCUUUCCCAGAUUUCAAUGAUUUUUUUUUCCCCCUACCUCCCAAAAUCUGAGACUGUUAAAACAUUUUUCUUCUAUGAACACUGCUCAGACCUGCUAGACAUGCCAUAGGAGUGGCGUGCACAUCUCUCUCUCUCUUCCAGCAGGAGGAGCCCGUGAGCACGCACAGCUGCCCUGUCUGCUCACCCGAAGGCAGCGGGCUCACCUGGACCUCCCAGGAAAGGGAGAAGAGCCUCAGAAACUGCUCUGUGUUCAGAAGGAAUAUUUUUAAGAGUCCAGCUUUUUCAUUUCCACAAUUUCCUAUAUCCAGAUUUGUUUUGACAAUGUAGUUUGGAAGAACUAAGAUUCUAAUCUCUGAAGAACCUUAUAGGGCCUUCUAAAACAUAAGAGUUUCCUUUGUUGCUUCAAAGAUUUGAACAUUAUGUUAAAGAUCAAGUAUUAAUUUUAGUUGUACUCUAGAAAGCUAAAGUGCCACAUUCGGGGCUAUUUUUAUGAUUCAGCAAUCUUUUCUAAAUUGUGUAGCAUGUGUAUGAGACUAUUUAUACCCAAGGAUAUGAAGGAACAUAAGUGACUACGAGGCUCUAAUAAGCCAUGGUGGCAGGAGGUUCAAGCGGUUCUGUUCACUAAAUUUUUCUCCUGUAAGCUUUGAAUGGAAACUUCUGUAUCACAUGAUGUGUUUCACUUAUGCUGUUGUGUAUAUACCUAAUAUUUCUAUUUUUGAUUUUAUUUUAAUACACCUCGUCCAAUAACA